UCGUCACGGUCACGUUGCCACUAGGCUCUAAACCUAUUUUAAAAAAACUGAGUUUUGUCCAAAACGCAAUAACUCCAUAACUCAACCGUAGACACAUAAGCUUACGCUGCAUCAAAAUUCGUAGUUCCUGUGGCAACAUUUUCCUUGUCUGCGCAACCCAUAUUUAUAGCUAUCCCCAGAUUCUGAAUGAGUAACAUCGAGAAAUAAGUUUGUGCUGGUACAAAGAGUAUCUAAUAUUUUAAUUCACUUUCUUGAAUUCGGAAUUCGAUAUGACGUUAAUUUCUGACGUAUUAGGUUUGCACGUGUCAUCCAAAUUUAUAUUGGUCGGCCAUGGAAAUCAGGCAGUGUUGCAUACCCCGACAGCAUCCGUUCAAUUGCCAUUAGACGCUCGUCAAUCAAAAGUACAUGGAUUUGCAUUGAGUUCUUGCCAUGACUCAAAACACCUGUUAUUGCUAUAUGGCGAAAAUGCGUUCUCGUUAUUAAUUUAUAACGUAAAUGAGAAAAUUGAGCCGUUUCAAUUAAUUUACGAGGGCGAAACACAAGACUGGAUCAAUGCUGCGGUAGUUUUUGACAAUGAUGAAAAAAAUACUUGGAAGUUUGUUUUGCACAUGUCUCACAGUGCACUCCUAUACCUUGAGUUCAGCAUUUCAUCAAAGGUAGUCUGCUCUGUGUUGGAAUUAGCAAUUUGUACCGAUUGCUCAAUGCUUUACCAUACGGUCCUGUAUGGAAACAACUAUAUUGAUUUGGCAAUAAUAAGUGGGAAUGCGUUCGGUGAAUUUUUGAUUUGGCAAACACAUUGUGCUAUAGAUAUCGAUGCAAUUAAUUUAAAAAAAAUUUAUCCAUUGCUGUUAAGAAUUCAAGCACAUAAUGGGGUUAUCUACUCCAUCAAUCUUAACCUGGCGUCGAAGAUUUUAGUUACUACAUCUGAUGAUCGUUCUGUGAAGUUUUGGAAAAUUGAAAAGGUCGGGCCAUGGAAGACGGCCUAUGUACAACCUAUGUUUAGCUGCUUUGGUCAUACUUCACGAGUUAUGUGUUCUAUCGUCGUCGAAAAUGGUGGCCAAGUAUAUGUAAUUAGUGGCGGUGAGGAUUCUUAUGUGUGCAUUUGGAACUGUUCCGGUGAUUUGUUAUUAAAACGUCAGCAACAAUUUGGGGCACCUAUAUGGCGGCUAGGUUUUCACAAGGCCACUUCUACACUCUAUAGUACCAGUUCUAUAGGAAAUAUAGUUUCUUAUAGCAUUAAGAACGUUUUUACCCGACAGAAAAAUGAAUUAACUAUAAUGGAUGACAUAGGUGCCACAAGUGAGUUUAUCGGAAAGGUAAAAUUCGUUAAUAAUAAGACUAUUGUUGGUCUAAGUAGCAAAAAUCGCUUAUUUUAUAUGAACCCAGCAAAAAUAUCGCCGCAUGUGGAUAAGUGGCAUCUAGUGUCGAACUUUCCCUACUACAAACGUACAGUGCUCGCAGUGUUUGACGGAGUUAUUGCUACUUGUGGUUAUCAGAGAAUAACAUUACACAGUUACAAUAAGCAAAAACAAAACUUCGAGAUUUUGUUUGAUGGUCUAAGAUUGAAAGGCACAAUUCGAGCAUUUCAUUUUUUAGCCAAAGAACAUUACCUUGUAUCCGAUGACUUAGGAAAUUGCCAGCUUCUAAAGGGACGUGAGCUGGAUUUGGAUUCACCUAUUUUGUUAAAUGAUUUUGAUAGGUCCUGGACAACUUCUGCCUUGCUUGUGUUAGAAAAAUAUCUCUUUUUAAGUAAUCGUAAGGGUCAUGUCAUGGUUUACUACCGCGGUGCUGGGCAGAAUUUUGAGUUGAAAAACAUCGUUAAAUGUUUGCAUGGAAACAUGGGCUCAACUUUUUUUAAGUUAUUGAAUAUAAAUAGUCAGGAAGUCUACGUAAUGAGUGGAGGCCACGAGCCGUAUUUAAAAUAUCUACGUUUGAAAUUAGCUGAUUAUACUUUAACAGUCUUGAAACGGGAGAGCGUCCCACUAGGUUGGGUUGAAGCGUCCCCAAGUGAAGAUGUACUUCUUGGCUUCAAUGAUAAUCAUAUUGUAGCCUGGUCGCGUCAAUACGAUGUGCUUGUGCAGAUGGCUUGUGGGGGUGGUCAUCGUUACUGGGACUACAAUCUACACAAUGAUAUACUUUAUAUAUGUUUUAUAAAACAAAAAAAGGUGUUGUUUUGCCGUACCUCACUUUACAAUGAAGUCAGCCAGAUAAAUUUAAAGCGUAUUAACUGGCACACCCGCAAUUGCAACACAAUAAAACUUUUUUCGGCCCACAAUGUACUGACACCUUUAAUUCUAUCAGCAGGAGAUGAUAAUAUUAUAAAGAUUUCUAAACUAGUCGACGAUAAUUUAAUUCAUUGUGCCGAAGUUCACUCGCACAUUUCAAGUGUACGUUGCUUAGAGACUUGUCUCUAUAAAUUUGAAAAUAAUGUGUUUACGUGGCUUAUUUUCUCAGUCGGCGGACGAUCUCAACUUUGCAUUAAUCAAAUUGACGUUACAGUUGCUAGUGCGUAUCAUGUGAGUGAGCUGUGUACCCACAAAAUUCUCAAUACUUCUGUGUCAAAAACCUGUUCUCUUGAAGCAAGACUGAUGGCAAUUGACAUCGCACAACAUACCCUUUCGGGUAUUUUUACGUUAUAUAUAGCCAGUGCUGAGGGAAAAAUUCGUCUUUAUCGUUGGGUUUUUGAAAGACCCUCAGAAUUACACUUAAUUAAUUUUCUAGACAUGAAAAUAUGUCCACUUAAAAUGCAGUGGAUCAAUAGCAAAAGAAUAUUGCUUAUCACAACAACAAACGGGGAUAUUUACGGUUUUGACCAGACGCUUUCCACAAAACGUUUUCAGCUCCAACUACACAACGGUGGCAUUAAUACCCUAGAUAUAAAAAUUUAUGGACAGCUUUUGCACGUUUUAUCUGGCGGAGACGACGAAAAUAUACAGCAUACAAUUCUAAAUUUGGAUAACUCAACAGUUCAGCAGAACACGGAAUUUUUGGGUCUGCACAAUGCGCAGGUUAAUGCAGUAUCAUUAGAGCAGGAAAAUGAUAGUGACAUGUCUCAACUAUUUGCUUAUUCAUGCAGUGUAGAUAAACAAAUAUAUAGGAUCAAUUUGAGAACACGUCAAUACAUUCGUGUUGGAUGCACAUGCAUAGCUGAUAUAAAAGGGAUGUUGCUAGAUAAUCAGCGCAUGUAUUUUUAUGGAUGUGGAAUUCAAACUGUACGUCAUAAAUAAUAGUAAAUUUACGCAUUACGAAUAAUUAUUUCCAUAAAUAAGUUGCCAUAUUGAGUUUUUGUUUUUUGUCGAAGGCUGUAGAUAUUAGUUUGAAAAAUGACUUAAAUUAUAAUUGAAAUUGCAUGUAUAAAUGUGUCAUGAAUUUGCAUAAAUAAACAUCUUGAACAUCUUGAAACAUCUGUUGCUACGCACAAUGGUCGGUUCUGCCAGUCUGGCAGGAAAUAAUGAAUGACUUAAAAAAUAAAUUUAAUAUUAAUAUUAGGUAAUAUUUUUUAGAAAAU